AUGGAUGCUGCGGCUUGGGCGCUCUGCCAUCACCCCUCUUCACCGCUCCGCAGUGCUCCCAUAGGGGCUGUGGCCGCGGCUGUGGCUCAGGCUGCGAGUGCUGCGAAUGCUGUGAACGCUGCGGGUGCAGCAGGGAUGCCAGGAGGAGGUCACGGCUUCUGGCCCAUGAGACGUGACAUGAUGGGUCCAUGGCACAUGGGGUCCAUGGGGUCCAUGGGUUCUAUCAGGUCCAUCCCCACCAUCCCCAUGCCCAUGUCGCUUCACCUUCCAGUGGCUGCUCUGCCUCCCAUGACCUCCACACCACCUGUUGGGUGCACCAUGCAAGCUUCGCCUAUGCCUGCACCGUUCGCAGCUGUUUCGCAGGCGAAUCCAGUGGCGGCUCAUUCCUGGCCUGCAAACAGAUCGCCCGCUGCCAACGGAGCGAGGGGUGACAUGGGAGGUGAUGGAAGUGGGGAUGCGGGUGUGGCAGACAACAUGAGCGGUGCUGCUGGUGGGGGCGCAGUGGAGGAGUGCUUGCAGGCUAUGCAGGCCAUGUCCAUUGACUUAUCCAAGCCCUCCAGUCACGUUCCGCAACCAUCCAAGUGGAGCAGUUUGGCGGAGGGUGCAGCAGGCAGAACUGGUUGCCAGUCGACGGGUGACUGCAGCAAGAUCCAAGGGAUUGGAAGCAUGCCUUCUUCCUUGCACCCGCAGCGGCCAUCCUCUGACAAUAGUUCCUUAUCAGCCACACCCUCGGUGCCCCACCAGCAAGCAGUACGGCAUGUCCCAACCAAUCAGCAGCAGCCGUGCUAUUCCAUGGAUGCAUACCCGCGUCUAUCGCCUCCGUUCUUCUGGCAUGAGGCUGUUUGGAUGCCUGGCUUUGCUCUCUCCCAUGGCUUCUUCCCUUCCUCCUCCACCAACACCAGAAGCAGCAGUGCAGCCAGCAGCAAGGGCGCCAGUAGCAUGCCUUUCAAUGAGGCCAUAACCAAGGAGAGCAGCGCCGACAGAGGAUGGCAGCAAGGUGUGCCAGGCACUGAAACUCCACAGCAUGAACACGACAUGAAGACUGGGGAUGUGAGAGAGAACGUGGAGGAGAGUGAAGAAAAAGGAAGUGAUUAUGAAGAACCGUGUGGUACAAUGGCAGGGAGUGAAUGCAACAAGGGCGAGGAAACAGACAACAAUGAAAUUUCUCCAGACAGCCCGAAGGUGCAUCAUUGCUCCUCUUCUGCACAUCAAUCGCAGCCUUCACAGCCCGCACAGCGGCAGUCUCCUCUUCGGAGCAGAGCCCCAUCCCGCCUCAAGCCAUGUGACUCUGUUCAUGUCCACCUCUCUCUCUCCCUCCAGAUCCCCUCCCCGCGCGCCUCCUCCCGACUCUUCAGGAAGCCUCCACGUGCACGCAGAUCCCCAGGCCUCAGAGUGCUGUCACCGGGCCUCAGUCCCACGCAAAAGCAGCUGCUUGCAGGGGAAGCUGCACACAGCAUGGGGCUCAGAAGCCCGUCUUCUCCCCACUGUGCCGCCACUUCCCCGCGUCUGCGCUCCUGCCGCACUUCCUUUCCCCCUUGCGUCCCCCGCAGCAGCCCCACCUUUUCUUUCCUUCCGGAUUCGCUGUCCCCGCUCCACUCGCCUCUGGUCCUCUCCCCCACUGUUGCCGUGCACAUCUCACAUCCCUCAUCUCCAGUUGGACCCUGUUCCCCCCGCUGCUGUUUGCAAGGCACCAGUCCAACAAGGAAGGGCGAGAGUGUGAAGUGCAAUAUGGGCAAUGGUAGGGAUGGUGGAGGAGAGGAUAGUCUAAAAGAGUCAGGCGAGGUGGAGAAGGAAGGGAAUGUGCGCGCUGGAGUGGUUGCCAGUGGUGGGAGAGGGAAGGCUCUAAAACGAAGUCCUCUUGGGAUCCACGCGCAUCGCUCCGCCAGUUUCAAUCGCCCGUCGCGGCGGGCCAUGGCGUGGGAUGAUGCGAUCGUGCCACAGCAAGGGUCCGGAUUCCCGCUUCCGGAUUACAUACCCAUCCGACGAAACGAGUUUCUGGUGAAGCGGCCUGCUAAGCCGUCGGCGGCGGAGUCGGUGCAGUGCGAAUGCCACAAGGGCGCGGGGGGGCGCGCGCGGGAGAGCAUCACUGGCCGGGGGUGGAAACGACUGGUGGUGGCCGAUGAGGAAGAGGAGGAUGAGGAUGAGGGAGAAGAGGAGGGGAGUGAUGAUGGGAGCUCGGAUGAUGGAGCAGAGGAGAGCGAGGAGGAGGAUGAGGAAGAAGAGGAGGAGGAUUCAGAAUCGGAGGAAGAGGAGGGGGAGGAGGAUGAGGAUGGGGAUUGGCAGGGAGGCAAGAGGAAGGCGAGUGCGAUUAAGACGAGUCAGCAAGGAAGGACGGCCAAGUCAAAGUCAAAAGCGCAGGCGAAGCGGAAGGCCAAGAGAAAGAGGAGGCGGAGAAGAAACCUGUCCAUCUGUGGCGAGACGUGCCUCUGCCGCAUGCUGCACGUGAGUUGCAGCAAGCACUGCGGGUGCGGCUCGUCGUGUCAGAACGCGCCCUUCCACCGCCGCCCCUCGCGCAAAGUCAAGCUCUGCAGGACGGACAAGUGCGGGUGGGGCCUCAAGGCAAACGAGGACCUCCCUGCUGGCUGCUACGUUAUGGAGUAUGUGGGGCAAGUGAUAGACGACGCCACGUGCGAGCAGCGUCUGUGGGACAUGAAGGCCGCCGGGGAAACCGACUUCUACCUCUGCGAGGUGAGCAGUGACAUGAUCAUCGAUGCGCGCUACAAGGGCAACCUCUCGCGCUUCAUCAACCACUCCUGCAACCCCAACUGCGAGCUGCAGAAGUGGCAGAUGGACGGGGAGGUGCGCAUAGGCGUGUGCACGCUGCGCCCAGUCAGCAAGGGGCAGUUCCUCACUUACGAUUAUCAACACCGAGACAUGGCUGAUGCUUCCCGUGUCAGGGCUAAGGGUGUGGCUCGAGAGGCGGAGGAGGAGGAGGAGGAGGAGGAGGAAGAGGAAGAGGAAGAGGAAGAGGAAGAGGAGGAGGAAGAGGAGGAAGAGGAGGAGGAGGAAGAGGAAGAGGAGGAAGAGGAGGAAGAGGAGGAGGAAGAGGAGGAGGAAGAGGAGGAGGAAGAGGAGGAAGAGGAGGAGGAGGAAGAGGAAGAGGAGGAAGAUCUGCAGCAGCGUGGGGAUGAGCUAUCCGGGAAAGGGCCUCAUGGGAGCAGGCGGCUCAUUCCGGGACCAGGGUGGGCUCCCGUACCCCUGCUGCACAGCGCCAGGCGCAGACGCCAGGCACGGGGGGGGCGAGGGGGCAUGCGCAGUGACGUGCACGGCAGCACUGCUGGCGCUGCUGCUGGGGGCAGCACUGCUGCUGGGGUCACCGGUGGGGAGGGCGGCGAGGGGGGGGGCGGUGGCAGGAGGGCGCAGGAGGGAUCGUGUGUGACGUCAGUGGCUGCAGUGGGAGGGCGUGCUGCUGUGACGGUGGGUGGGUGCACUGCUGCUGCUGCAGGGAGAGGAGCAGCCGGAUUUAGUGGGAGCAGACUGGCAGAAGUAGGGGGGGGUCCUUUGGAGCAGAGAAUCGGGGGGCAGCCUGUAGAGAGGGUCUACUCACGCAAGAGGCUAAAAACGGAUGUGACUGUAAAGAAAGAGCAAGUCGGAGAGGAGCCACUGGGAGGUGUGAGGGUGUGUGCUGGUGCGGGCGAGAGGGGUGUGGUGGAGGUGAAGAGAGCGGGAGAGGAGGUGAAGAGAGCGGGGGAGGAGGUGGCGAAAAAGGGCCUCAUGCAUUAUGGGAAGGAGUAUCAGAGACGGAGGAAGCGGAAUUGCGGGGAGGGGUCUCAUGCCGCAGGUGGGCGAGUGGGGGAGAGUUCCUGUGCACCAUGCACGUGCAGAGGCGCGGAUGGUGCAGGGGGCGCGCAUGCAGGGGCAAGGAGUCCUGCAAUGAUAGCUCUUGAGCACAUGUGGCACAUGGGUGCGGAUCAACGGCCAGGAUUGCAGGGCACGGCGGUGGAAGGAGCAGGACAGACGGUGCCGAGGAGUGGGUGGCAGAAGCAGGCUCUCUCUCUCCUCCCACCCGCCCCUCAUGGCCCCUCAUCGCCAGAUGAUGCAUGUGAUGACCUGCACACUCAUGCCCACACCACCUCCCGCAUCCCUGCCCAUGCCCAUGCCUCUGCCCAUGCCUCUACUCCUGCCCAUGCCCACACUCAUGUCCACACGCAUGCACAUCCGUGUGUGCACAUCCCCGCAGCAUGCGGCCUCGCCUACCCUGCAACAUGCAUGCAUCAUCACACCCAUGCCCUCGCCCACACCCACGCUCAAGUCCCAUGUCACAUGCAUGCUGCUGCUGCCAUGGCCCCUGACCUCUGCUGCCCCCAUCAUGUGGGGGCAGUGCACAUGUGCGCACAUGGCAUGGCUUGCCCAGCAGCUGCAGCACAGGCGUGUGGCGUGGGAGUGGCGGCAUUGAGGGGUGUGACUCCAGAUGAUGUGCCUGAAAGGGGGUCCGCCACUGGCAAUGGCGCGCUUGCAGUGGGUGCACACGUGGACACUGCUGGUUGCACUGACGUGACACGUCAGCAGGAGCGGGAAAGGGGCGGGGGAGUCUUGGGAGGAGAGGAGGUCAAGAGAGAAGGGAAGGAGGGAGGGUUUGAAGGUAGACAAGGGAAAGGAGAGAGAGGGGGAAGGGGAGGAGUGAGAAGGGGUAGAGGAGGGAGAGGAGGGAGAGGAGGGAGAGGAGGGAGGGGAGAUGGGAGAAAGGAUGCCGCGACUGGUAGCGCCAAGCAGUUGGACGUUGCUGUUGCUGUUGCUGCCGCCAGUGGUGCUGUUGCAGGUGGGCAGGGCAGGAGCGGGGGCGCUGGUGGGACAGCGCGUGCAGCUCUGGUGGCCGCUCGAGCAAAGGUAAGGGGGGGAGGGGAUGAGCGGGAGUUGGGAGGGGGGACUGUGGCCGCGCUGGUGGGACAGCGCGUGCAGCUCUGGUGGCCGCUCGAGCAAAGGUUCUUUGCUGGUACUGUCAUUGGUUUCGACCCCGUCACCAUGAAGCACCAUGUGCGGUACGAUGAUGGGGACGAGGAGCAUGUGGUGCUGGGGCGCGAGCAGUGGCAGCUGGAGGCUCACCAGCCGGGCAGGGCGGGCAGGGGCGCGCAGGGGGGGGACUGCAUGGGGAGAGGCGCAGGGGAGGGCGCUGAAGGGGGGAAGGAGGGCGGGGAGGAAGGGGAGGGAGCAGUGGAGGGUGCAGGAGGGAGAGGCAAGGGGGUGAAGCGAGAUAUAGGGUCGGGCAGUGCUGCUUGUGCUACUACGGGCAAGGGCAAGGGCAAGAGGCUUGCGGAUGUUGCACCCCUGCCGAGCCUAGCGGAUGCGCCGAAGCUGUUUGGUUCGGCGCAGCGGCCAGGUUUGGGGCUGAGCCGGGCGGAGCAGGAGGCACUGGCGCGACAGCAGGCGCUGGUGGGGCGAAGGGUGGAGGUGUGGUGGCCGCUGGAACAGAGGUUCUUCAAGGGGGUCAUUGCCGCCUACGAUGCUUCCACUCGCAAGCACAGGGUGGCGUAUGACGAUGGUGACGUGGAGCACGUGUCACUGCGUGCGGAGCGCUGGCGCUAUGAGAGACAAACCGUGCCGCCCACGGCCUGCUACUCGCUGCCCUUCUCCUGGCGAUCCGAGCCACUGACCCACCGUGCGGUGCGCGACCUGCAGGGCGAGCAGAUCAGGAUUUGGGCGCCGCAGCUUCACAGGUUCCGCAACGGCACGGUGGUGUCAGUGGCGCACAGCAAGUUCACUAUAGAGUUUCUGUACGAUGAUGGGGAGAUCGCAGUGCUGGACCUCUCACAGUGCCGCUGGGAGCUUGUUGACUCCGACUGA